AUGACAACUGCGAUAUUUGACUGGAAGAGAAGAAAGAAGAUGAAGCUGAAGAAUGAAGAUAUUGGAAAAGCGACUUGGGAGUCUUUCUUUUGCUUCCAGGAUGAUUUCGUUUGCUUUGGGGCGAGUUUCGCGAUGGACACGGAGAAGCUUUCUUCCGUAAGCGAGGUGAUUGGAAGCCGGCCUGGGGAGAGACGGGACGAUCAUGAAGACGAUGUCGAGGGCCGAGGACGAAGAAGAGGAAGACGACGAUAUAGCCGUGCAAGAGUAUACAGAAAGGAGCUGAACAACGACAACGACGACGACGACGACAACGAGAACAAGACCAGACAGAAGACAUCUACAGCCACAGGCACCAUGACGAUGAAGAGAUACUUCACCUCGCUGGCAAGAAAGAUCCAUCCGCCGCUGCCCAAGACCUCCCGCGAGUCCCAGCAGCUGCUCAACCUGCUCACCUCGUCCUUCCGGCGGCAUCUCGACAGCAGACACCCCCCCGUCAGCUCGCCGGACAGCAGCAGCAACCCGCCAGACGCGGCCGGCAGGGCUGGUGGGAGCAGCAAGGCCGAUGCCCGGCCUACAGCCACGGAGAGACAUCUAAACUCGAUCCUCGAGCAUCCCUUGUUCAACACAGUGCCGUCGACGCUGGGAGCCCGGGAUAUACGGAACGGGAAGCAGAUACAAGAUGACCCCCUCGGAGCGUUGGACGAUGCCAUGGCCUCCGGGAGGGCUGACAGCCAGUUGCUGCAUGACUGUCUCAAGGCUCACAGGUCGUCUCUGCGUAGCAUGUCCGAUGAAGAGGCGCUUAAGGUGCUGAAGAAGUCUGGAGGCGGUUCACGCAUCAUCUCCUGGUUCAUGGCCGCGGACAGUGAGUCCAAGAAGCGGUUCUUUGGCAAUAGACACACCAUGGCGCUGGCAAUGCCCUAUCUGGCUGUUGAGAGACGCCAGCGUACCGUGAUUGACUGGCUACAGCUUGCUAGAGCCUACCGUCCCGCCCACAGACAGCCGAAGCACGCUGACGACGGGAGCUUCCUCGAGUUCAACAUCAUGUACGAGUACGUUGCUGCAGAAGUCAAGUACGGCAGAGGCGGGAUCAAUGAUGCCCUUGCUUUCUUCAUACGAGCCUCAGAUGCCUCCUGGAGAUGCGAGAUAGUCGAGCCAGGCAGCCAUGCAGUGCCUACAUACCCUUUCCGUCCGACGGCGUACUACCUUGCCCAGUGGAUUUCAGCUCCAGAGCAUGCCUCAGCUGUAGAAAACAUCCGGCCGGAGCUGUUCAACGCUUUCUAUUCCAUUUGUCUCUUACUUCCGAACCGGCUCUGGGCUGCCUUCUUGCCCGUUUAUCACCCCACUGAACCUAAUGUCACGUCCUCGCUUGAAUAUAUCCGGAACUAUAAGAGGUCGGAUCGUGAUAACAUCGAACGCUUGCUCCAUCUUUCGUUCCGGCUGGCUUCGUUGUGCCUUGAGCAGAAACAAUACGCUGCUGCAUCAGAAGUGAUCAGCUUUACCAAGGACCUCCUCCCGGAUGAUACGGCAACCCAGUCUACCAACAGGCAACGGCAGCAGAAACAACAAAGCCAUCAAGUGGUUUCAGCCAGUGACCUUGUUUCCAGGCUAUCGUUUACUUGA